CAAAAUAGCCUUUUUUAAGGCACUUGUGCACUUGGUAUGGAACAAUUGCCACCAAGCUUAGAGGAAAUGGAUGCCAUUUUUUUUUUCUUGCUAAAGAGUCUAUUGCCUCGGCCUGUAUGAGGGGAAGAUGCCUCUGCUAACAUUAUCAUCUCAGCGGACCAUGGAGAGGAAACCCCAGUAGCAUCGAAGGACCAAUCCAGGUGAAGGCGGGAACUCCGAAUCGCCGCAGACUGCUACCAAGCGGCAUUAUAUAUACCAUACACCCGUCCGGAAAGAGAGAGGAGGAGGGGAGGAGGAGGUUGAGGAGAUGAUCGAGGUGGAGGACGACGCCAGCUUCCUCUCUUUGGUCGAAGCGGCCGAGGCCGAAGCCUUGGGGGCAGGCAAGGCCAAGCGCCGGAAAGUCUCUACCGACGGCCCGCCCCCACCCCCAACAAUGGUCGAGGAGGGUUCCUACACGGCUGCCCUCAGAGGCAGCCGCAGCUCCCUCUGGCAGCAGCAGCAGCAGGAACUGAAGCUCCAACAAAAGAAGAAGGACAGCAGCGGCCUCCGCCUUGGUGGCAACCCCUCCGCCUUCUCGUCUUCUUCUAAUGGCAACGCCUGCUUCAACUGCGGCAUGGCUGGUCACUGGGCCAGGGACUGCACCGCCGGGAGAGGGCGCGAGGGAGAAGGGGCGCAAUCUCGCCGGGUGGCUUUUAUUGGCGGAGAUGAUGGAGAGGUGCCGGAGAAGGCGUGCCCUUGUGGGGCUGGAAGCUGUCUGGUUCGGACCUCAAAUACUCUCAAGAACCCUGGGCGAAAGUUCUACAGGUGCCCUGUUAGAGAGGAAAAUGGAGGAUGCAAGUUUUUUGAGUGGUGUGAUGAUCAAUCAUCAAGUAUUUCCACUUCCCAAAGUGUUUUGAACCAACAAUCGAGUUUAUCAGUUCCAUAUCUCCCGUGUCCAUGUGGAGCUGGGUCUUGCCUGGUUCUGGUUACAAAGACUGGGGUGAAUGCGGGCAGGCAGUACUACCGUUGCCCACUUAAUGAGGGAAGAGGUUCUUGUGGCUUUUUUAAAUGGUGCAACGAGCAUGUCUCUGUAGGUAGUCAACCUGCAACUGCUUCAAGAUAUGAUGGCGUCAGUAACAACACAGGAAGCCAAACUAAUGGUGAGAAGAGCAACUCAUCUUGUUUUAACUGUGGACAAGAAGGCCAUUGGUCCAGGGAGUGCUCCAAGCAGCCAUUGGAUAACCAUGCAAGCAUAGGGAGAACUCAUUUUGUUUCCUCAGGCUCUUAUACCUGCUUCAAAUGCGGUAAGACUGGUCACUGGGCUCGAGAGUGCCCUACCCAAGAUGCUGGUAUGAGUGCUGGCAGUAGAAGGACUCCAGUUACUUCCCGCACUCCCUAUACUUAUAGCUGUAAGUAGUAUGAUAUAUUGAAGUCAGUCCAGUCUUGCGCAUAUCUGAACUUGUGCAGCUUAUGUAAGUAUCUGUCUCCAACAACUCACACAUAGAUUUCUAUAAUUCUGUGCUUUUGUUCCUAUGUUUUUCUUGCUUUUACUUUAUGAUAAUGAGUUACUACCACCAAGCUUUCAGAAUGCUUUAGCUUUG